UUUGUGCAGCAGCAGUUCUCUGUUUUCAGCGGAACACAUAGAGCGAUGGACAGAAUAUGGCGGCCUCCUGUGACUAAUUCAUGCUGCUUAUCACAGGUUUUUGUUUUCUGUUUUGCAGAAUAUCCCUUUAUUUUAUUGCGAUAAGGGUUUAUCCACAGCCAUGUUUGCUAAGAAUUUUAGGGUUAAGUCAAAUACAGCUAUAAAGGGAUCGGACAGGAGGAAGCUGCGAGCAGAUAUCAGUUCUGCAUUUCCUUUUCUUACCACAGAAAACUUGUCUGAGUUGAUGCCAUCUAAAGAGGAACUGAGUAUUGUAAAAGUCUUUGCUCACAAAGGAGAUGCAGUGACAUUAUACGUCCACAAUCGAAACCCAGUUAUGUUUGAACUGGAGAAAAACCUUUAUCCAACAGUAUAUGCUUUGUGGAAGUAUCCAGAUCUUCUCCCAGCAUUCACCACAUGGCCACCUGUCCUGGAGAAAAUGGCAGGUGGAGCAGAUCUGAUGCUGCCUGGUGUUGUUGUCCCCUCAUUUGGUCUUCCUGAGAUACAACAAGGCAGCCUAUGUGCAAUCACCUUGGUGGGAAACAGGGCACCUGUAGCGGUUGGUGUGGCCACUAUGUCAUCGAAAGAGAUGCUGGCAUCAGGAAUGAAAGGGAAAGGUUUCAAUAUUUUGCACACAUUUGGAGAUCAGUUAUGGGCAUAUGGAGACAAGUCUUGUUUGCCAAAUAUCCCCAUACCGGAGGUCAGUCUAACAGUAGUGGAAGAAGGAGAUGGGCAAGCUGUGUCCCAGGAGGUCUCCUCCGAAGCCCAGGAUCCACAAGCACAGCUGGAGAAUCUCAAUCUCAUGGAGGAAGAAACCACACACAAAGAAGAGGAUUCUGAAAAACAUUGUGAGGGUGUAGAUGAACAGAUUAAAGAGACAGAAAAUUUAGUUCCUUUACAGAAGUCGUCUCAAGCUAUGGACAGUUUGCUGCACCAGUGCUUCUUUCAUGCAUUGAAGCAUAAAGUGAAAAAAUCCGAUCUUCCUCUUCUUACAAGCACAUUUCUGCGCAAUUAUCUUUUUGCCUGCUGUCCAGAAGGACAGCAAGUGGAUAUUAAAAAAUCAAGUUACAAAAAGCUAACUAAGUUUUUACAAACUAUGCAACAGCGAAAGGUUUUGCAGGUGAAGGAGCUCAAUAAGGGAGUUGAGAGCAUAGUGGAAAUAGACUGGAAGCAUCCUGAUGUUCGUUCCUUUGUUGCACCAGAGCCUGUACCAGUGGACUUGGUAGUUUCUGGUAGCAUAGAUGGGGGUGGAGAAUCGCCAUACCAGCCCCCUGAAAUAAUAACCCUCUAUGGUAUUUCCAGUAAAAUGCUGCCUCUUUUCCAAGAGGCAGGGCAUAGAAAAGGAGAUCUGCUCACCCAUAGUGAUGUUAGAAGCAUCAUUAUUACUUAUGUGAAAAACAAUGAGCUUGUUGAUUCAAAUAAUAAGAACUUUGUGAAUAUAAACCCAGUUCUGUGUGAUUGCCUGCUUGAAAAAUCAGAGCAGAAUGACUUUUUCAGUCUGAAAUGGGAUGACCUUCUCUUAAGGUGUCUAGAGAAGAUGCAGCAUUCCCACCAAGUGACCUUCCCUGGACGACCACCUAUUAUACGAAAAGGAAACAUUGAUCCCAUUGAUAUCAGUGUGGUGCAGAGGGCGUCAAACAAAAAGGUGACAAUGAUUAAAAAUCUUGAAUUGUAUGGACUAGAUCCCUCUUCAGUUGGGAGCAUGCUCCAACAGCGUGUUCAAGCCAGUUCCACAUGCACUGCCAUUCCAGGGUCUAAGGACAGAGUGCAGGUGCAGAUACAGGGCAACCAGGUGUCUCAGGUUGGAAAACUACUACUUGAAGAGUUUAAAAUACCCCGCAAAUACAUUUCUGGAUUGGACCUGGCUAAAUCUGGUAAAAAGAAAUGAAGAAGUUGAUCAUUCAGUAUGUGGUGUUAGCGGCCCAACAUGAAACACUCCAACUUUUAAUUGGCCAACUAGACCUAUGACAAGAACUGGUAUUGGGUAAUCCUUUAUGUCAUUCAUUAUGGGUUUAACCUCUCAGCGGAUGAUCAGUGCUGUCAUUUACUCAGAGUCUACAUCUUCAGCUCUGAGAAAAUUCAUCUGUUCAGAAAACAGCAUGUUCAUUAAACUAUGUUCAAAAUAUU